AUGCCGACCGCCAAAAGAUUGAAAAGCGAUGCAAAAUCCAAGUCGCGCGGUACCGAACCGCGACCAACCAUCGCCGACUUGGAGGGCGAGACUGAGUUUGCCCAGCUUGCGAGGCAGCACUGGCUGAAAACUACUAAGCGAGCUAAGAGAGUCAAGGUCAAGAACGAGGUGCUGAAACGCGAUAUCUGGGAUGUGCUCGAGAAGGAUGGUUUUCCCUACAAGUUGUUACUGGUGCUUGAAGGAUUACAGACUCUCGAAAGUUACCUUUGGCCUGGAUAUUCCGAGGACUCGUCUAACCUCCACGUCCUCUUGAUAGUGUUGCUUACGAACGUUAAAGCGAGGGAAAGGCUUGAAACAUGGAGUAUCUUCGAAGAACACCCAGCCGAGUUCUCGAGCUUAUUCACCCGCGUACUCUCUAUGACCCUCGACCAGACUUUGUCUCUACCAAUACGAACUCACCUACUCUGUUUUACCACACAUGCCUUCCAGAGCCUCGAUUGGGCAAGCGUGAGAAAGGAAUGUGCUCCGUUGGUCUCUAUAGGUAUAUGGCAUAAUCUUUCCACCGAGUCGAAACGAGAAAGCAAGUUAAGUCAAAAUCCGCAGCUCAAAAAAGCAUGGAAGGCCGCAGGCAAGAGGUACGACUCGGCAGAUGACGCGACCAAGGCUCGGUUACGAUUUGAGAGAGCCUGGCUUUAUACUCUAACACUAGACUUUCUACGUUUGCUCUACGAUGAGAAGAGAAAGGAGGAGCAUGUGCUUUACUGCCAACGAUUCGUCGAGUUCAUCACCGACUUAUUAAGUCAACUUCCAACCAGACGAUACGUCAACACUUUACUUCAGGACCUACAUAUCUUGCCUGCUCUACGGCUGUCCCCGAUGUUCAACGACGAAGAAAACGCUUUACUCCGUGAUCAAUAUUCCCUACUAAGUCAUUAUGUUCACUUCACCAUAGACGAUCAGACGGGGGCUCAACAUAGUCGAACAGAAGCGUACGAUCGGCAUUGUGCCGAGCUUGCGAAACUCCAGCGAACUGCCCUGCGAGAUUUCAAGGAAAAGCUAACUGUCUUAGCUUUAUCCAAUUACGGAUCCAUAGAUAAAAGGAGCGAACUGGAAAAUCUACUUGAAAUCCUGACAGAUGAGGAGAUCCAAAGGCUUGCUACUUUGCUCGAGCUACGAACAGAAUACCCAGAAUCGGUUCAAGUCACUAUUGACCGGCCAUUUUUGAUGGAAAUUCUUUUAUCGACCUAUGAGAAGCGCAAGACGUUCCAGGAAGUUGCUCAAGAUAUGAAUAUUCUCCCGACCGAAGACAGCCUCUUCGACCAAGAAUUGUUGAGGACAGACAAUUAUGACGGGUCUAAGCCACUUGCACUUCCAAAGCUCAAGUUACAAUACCUAUCAGUGGGUGAUUUUCUUUGGAGGGCCUUGGUGCUUUACCGGUGUGAAGCUUUCUACGGUAUUAGGAAAGACAUUAGUGAUGCGUUGAGGCGGCUACGGCCAGAGUCGAAACGUCCAGGAGAGACUACAUUCACCGGCUUUUCCAAAAUGGCUCUGCCCAUAUCUCGGCCUUCUAUCAUUGAAGUUGUGCCACCACGCGUUGGCGAUGACAAGCCUUCUGCUGUUAAUGCUGAAGUUUCGCUCGACGUCCGGCGCCUUGCUGACAAUAUUCGAAGGGACUGGGAUUCGUUACGUCCGGAUGAUGUAGUAUUUCUCGUUGCGGUGGACGCAUCGGUAUCGAAAGCCAUUGGUAACGGAAAUACGUCCACGAUUUCUGAAGCACAAAAGUUAGGACUGAUAUCUGUGCGGGCUGCCGAAGUUGCCCAAGUCAUGGAUGAUAAAGGGAAGUCUAUUAGAGAUCCUACCGCUUACUUCAACGGACACAACAGAUCUCCAACGCGAAGGCUGCAACUCCGAUUAGAUCCGAAGGCUUACAAAGAUGAUCUGGAUCGAGUCUCCAAAGGCAAACCGGACGUAUACGAACGAAUAAACUUGAUCGUUCGACGAAGUGGCCGAGAAAACAACUUCAAACCGGUAUUAGAAUCCAUUCGUAGCUUAUGCUUAUCGGAAGUCCCCUUAGCAUCCUGGCUACAUGAGAGCUUCCUUGGCUAUGGAGAUCCUGCCGGCGCCACGUAUAAGCAUCUGCCGAACCGGAUUGCAAAACUCGAUUUUAGGGAUACGUUUCUGGACUGGCAACACCUCGUUGCGAGUCUACCUGGGAAAACUAUUGAGCCAGGGUUCAAUGUGACUGCGAGCUUCGGUCCUCCUUAUGUGCUAGAGUCAGUGGAUAAGCCCCCAGAAGAGAAAACGAUCAAAGCCUCUAAGAAGCGAAGAAGAGAUACCGAGCCUGCCCUCGUAUCCGAGAUCGAGACGUACAAUGUGUCUACAUAUAAGCCGCCUAAUACUGGUCCAUAUCCCGUCGAUGCCCCGAAGUUGAAUAGUGUCCGUUUCACACCUGCUCAGAUUGAUGCGAUCAUAUCCGGCACACAACCGGGCCUUACUGUAAUUGUUGGGCCGCCUGGCACGGGCAAAACAGACGUCGCAACGCAGAUCAUCAAUAACAUAUACCACAACUUCCCCGAGCAGCGCACACUACUUAUUGCCCACUCUAACCAAGCUCUUAAUCAGUUAUUUGCGAAGAUUGUGGCCUUAGACAUCGAUGAACGACAUCUCCUUCGUCUUGGGCACGGAGAAGAAGACCUCGAUACCGAUGGAAAUUUUAGUAAGCAUGGACGGGUCGAGUCUUUCCUUGAGAUCAGAGACCGUUACCUCCAGGAAGUAAAUCGUUUAGCUGCAAGUAUAGGUGCUCCUGGAGCCCACGGGAACUCCGCCGAGACCGCGGGAUAUUUCAAUUCCGUUUAUAUCAAGCCCGCCUGGGCUAAGUUCACUGAGGUAAUCAAAUCAGAAGAGUCAUCGGCGACUGAUAUCAUUGAAGCCUUCCCGUUCCAUAAUUAUUUUUCUGAUGCGCCCCAACCCCUGUUCCCCCCAGAGGGCGACCGAGAAGUCGUAUUAGAUAUAGCCAAUGGUUGCUACCAUCAUAUUUCAAAAAUCUUCUCCGAGCUUGAGGAUGUCUUACCAUUUGAGAUUCUACGACGAGACCGAGACAAGGCCAACUAUCUUCUAACGAACGAAGCUCGGAUCAUUGCCAUGACAUCAACACACGCCGCGAUGCGCCGAACUGAAAUAGCCUCCCUUGGCUUUCACUACGACAACGUAGUCAUGGAGGAGGCGGCCCAGAUCACCGAAGUUGAGAGUUUCAUUCCCUUGGCUAUGCAAACACCUGAAGGGGGAGAAAUGGCUCUACAACGGGUCGUUCUCUGUGGCGACCACUACCAGAAUUCUCCCGUCAUCCAGAGUCUCGCCUUUAGGCAUUAUGCCAACCUUGAGCAGUCCCUCUUUUCUCGGUUUGUCCGCCUGGGAGUGCCUGUUAUCACACUUGAUCAGCAAGGCCGUGCCCGCCCAUCCAUUGCCGCAUUAUACCAAUGGAGAUAUCCCAACCUAGGAAACCUACCGCAUGUCGAGAGCCUAAAGGAGUUCCAAACCGCCAAUGCUGGGUUCAAAUAUGAUUACCAAUUCAUCAAUGUUCCCGACUACAAGGGCAGCGGAGAAGUGGAACCGACACCACAUUUCAUUCAGAAUCUAGGCGAAGCAGAAUACGCAGUUGCUAUAUAUCAAUACAUGCGACUUUUGGGGUACCCCGCCUCCAAGAUCAGUAUCCUUGCCACCUACGCUGGUCAGCGGGCUCUUAUCAAGGACGUAUUAUCCUACCGAUGCGCAAGAAAUUCUAUAUUCGGUUUGCCUAAGAUAGUUACUACUGUCGAUAAAUACCAAGGCGAACAAAACGAUUAUAUUAUUCUUUCGCUUACGCGCACGUCGAGGGUGGGCUACCUUCGAGAUAUUCGACGCUUGACUGUGGCGCUCUCUCGUGCCCGACUCGGAUUAUAUAUUCUUGGCCGAAGAGAGAUUUUCGAGGCGUGCUACGAGCUACGCCCAGCUUUCGAGCUACUGCUUCAGCGGCCGGAUAAACUUACGCUUGCAACUGGGGAGAUGUGGCCCUCUGAGCGCAUUCAGGCUGAAGAAGACGGGACGACUGUACCUGGUGAAGCAGUAAUGGAAGGUGUUGAACAUCUAGGCCAGUUUGUCUACGAGAUGGCCGUGACAAGGAUGAAACAGUUAAAUGCGGAGCGCGGCUUGCUAGAGACGGUUGAUCCACCUGAGGAAGUGGUGCAGCCUGUUACAGAGAAAGAUGAGGUUGGCUAUGUUGGCGAGAGCGACGAAGAUCAAGAUGAAGGUGUUAAUGUCGAUGAGGAGAUACCAGACGGUAGAAUUGAGGUCGAGGAGGCAUGA